AAAGUUUCAGCAUAAUGGGUGCCUUGUGUUCUUCGGAAACUUAUAUGCUCGACAAGGAGGAGUACAAAAAACAGGUGGAACAUAAUAAAUCAAUUGAAAAUGACUUGGAAAAGGAUCGAAAAAUAAAAAUUUUGAAAUUACUUAUUUUGGGGCCUGGAGAGUCUGGAAAAAGUACUACAAUUAAGCAAAUUAAAAUCAUCCACGACGAAGGUUAUAGUGCUGAAGAAAAAAUGGUUCGAAAACACGGAAUUUAUAUGAAUAUUCUGGAAGGUAUCGAAGAAAUUCAUUUGUCAGUUGGUCGAGAAAAUAAAUCUUAUAAAAAUCCUCUUUCAUUUGAUCAUAUAAAUGAAGUUCGAAUGUUUACGGAAAACUUCAAAAAAGCUGAUGAUUCUGAAAAAUUACUUGGACCAGAAGUGAUAAAUGCUAUUCAAAAAUAUAUAAAAGAUGAAACAAUUGCAAUGAUGUUGAGAGAUAAAACUGUAUAUAAUAUUGAUGAUUCAACAAUUUAUUUCCUUGAGAACUUUUCAAGAAUUAUCCAAAAGGACUAUUUACCAACCGAAGAAGAUAUUCUGAAAAGCAGAGUUCCAACAUCUGGAGUUAUUCAAUACAAAAUUAUGCUGAAAAAUUUUAAUUUUAGAAUAUUUGACGUCGGAGGUCAACGAGCCCAGCGAAGAAAAUGGCUUCAUGUAUUUGAUGAUGUUCAAGCUGUUCUUUUUAUAACUUCAUUAUCAGAAUAUGAUCAAGUUUUAAGAGAAGAUGCUACUGUGAAUCGAAUGAAAGAAUCGUUGAAUUUAUUUGAGAAAAUAUGUAAUGGAAGGUAUUUUCUCAACACUGCAAUGAUAUUAUUUUUAAAUAAAAUUGAUCUUUUCAAAAUUAAAAUCAAGCAUACCAAUAUUACAGUUGCAUUGACGAGUUAUAAAGGUCCACAGGAAUGUGAUAGCGCACUUGACUACAUUCGAAAGCGAUUCAUUUCAUUGAAUAAAAACAAAAAACGCUCAAUUUAUGAACAUGUGACUUGUGCCACAGACACUGAACAGAUUCAGGUGGUUAUUGAUUCGGUCAUUGAUGUUGUGAUUCAGCACACAAUGCAAAAAGUUGGAAUUCAAUGAAAUUAUGGACUUCUUUAUCAAUAUUCAAGAGAUUACAUCUAUACAAAUAUGCGUUUAUAUGUACAAUGUUCGGGUUUUUAAGUGAAUUUAAUUUUAAAUAUCGUGAAAUCAACGUUCUCAUAUUCUUUUUGAAAAUUGCUCUUACUUAAAAAAACACGGAAAGAAAUAAAGUGAUUUACAAAUCAA